AGAGUAGAAGCCGGAAGUAUCCGAAAAUAAUUAUUUCAAUGACGAGAGUAUGAAUUUCAUUGAGGGCAAAUAAAUAUAAACAGCACUAUUAAUUAAUAUAUUGAGAAUUUUUAAUGACCCAUGUGGAGAACCGUGAGAACUUACUCCACAUGUAAAAUACUGAUAUUUAUUAUUUAUAAAUAAAUAUAAUUAUUUUGAUUCGAAAUUUUUUUUUAAAUAUAUGAAGCUAUAAAAGUUGUUGGAUUUGGUGUUACCGAGAUGGCUGAUGAAAAUAUAGCAGCAAAUAAAAAAAGGCAUUUGGACGGAGAUGAAAAGAAUGGAAAUUCACCAUCGAAAAAAGAUUUAUCAAAAUCCCAAGAUAACCUGCCGCCAUCAUCAAAAUCUGUUAGCGUGGACUGUGAUAAUGCACCACAAUUUGAAGAGCUUGAUGUAUCAAUCGCCAGUUAUGACUUUUAUGCUAUAAACAAAAAAUAUUGUGACCACUUUCCCCUUCAUACGGCUGUUGAAAGAAAUGACUCGUUUGCAUUAACUCAGAUUUUAAAAACUGGUGUUGACAUCGACGCUCCUUGUUUGAAUGGUGAUACUGCGCUUCAUAUUGCCGUGAGAACACAUAAUUGGAAUAUGAUUGACUGUCUGCUUAAAUAUGGAGCUAAUAUCUAUGCUAGAACAAUUAAUAAAGGAAAAAUAGGAUACACUGCAUUACAUUUAGCUGCUGAACUGAGUCCUCAAAAUGUUUUUGAGCACAUGCUGUCUACAAAACCAAAUUUUAUCAUUUCUUCGCACCUGAUGCGUGAAAGAAUUAUACACUUUGCACUUCUACGACGUAGUGUUAAAAUGAUCAAGUAUUUAUUUAAAGACACUGACAUAAAUUAUAUUGAAAAUGAAGGUAUAAAAACGUUACUACUUUCUGAAGAAGAGUCUACUGUAAAUCCUGUGACAGAAAUAAACGAAACGCCGCUUUUUAUUGCUGUAAAAAGAGGGUACUUAAAUUUGGUCAAAAUGUUACUGGAGAUUGGAGGAAAUAUUGACAUACUUGCUAAUUAUGGAAAAUUUGGAUUGUGUUCUGUCUUUCAUGUUGCUGCUGACAUGGAGCGCAAAGACAUCCUGACACUUCUUAUAAAUCACGAUAUAUUUAUAAAUACUACAACAGAAUGUGGUUUGAACGCAGUACACUUUGCUGUUUUGAAUAAUAAUUUAUUUUUGACCAGGACUUUAGUAGACUGGGGUGUAGAUGUUAAUCAAAAAGGCAGCCUAGAUCAAGAGAAUAGAGUAUUAACGCCGUUGCAUAUCGCUGUUAAAAAUAAAAAUUUCAGUAUGAUUGAAUUAUUAAUUUCAAAUAAAAAUACUGAUGUCAAUGCGACUGAUGGAAAAAAUAAGUCUGCUCUUUAUAUGGCUGUUGAGGCACAGAGUCUUGAGGUGAUUGAGUAUUUACUUACUCGUAGUAUGAGUAUUGACAUCAAUUUGCACAAUUCUGAAAGAGGAUUCACGGCUUUACAUCGUGCUCUAGAGUUAAAUAACGAAAAUAUGAUUGAUCUUCUUAUCAAAUACGGCGCUAAUUUAAAUGUCUUGACAUUAUACGGAUUGUCUUCAAUUCACAUUGUAGUGAAUACAGGAAACUUGAUGGCUGUUGAAAAUUUUUUGAACCGUGGAGCUGAUGUUAAUUUUCCAACUAAAGGUUUGGAUUUGAGGCCACUACAUAUUGCUGUGGGAGAUGAUAACAAAAAAAUGGUACAAUUACUUUUGAAAAAAGGUGCUGAUGUUGAUGGAUUGACCGUGGAUAAAAAACCGGCACUUGAAUUUGCUAUUAUGCAUAACAAUCAAAAGCUGACGGAAAUACUUUUGAAAUUUGGCGCGGAUAUUAAUUUAGUUAAGAUAUUUCCUAAAGAAUUUAAUAAUAUUGACUGGAUUUUAAAAGAACAUUUUAUAAAAUUGGAAAUAGCAAACAUGUACGUGGAUAAAAAAGGUUGGUUUUACUAUGUGUACUCUAAUUCAGUAAGAGAAGGAAAUAGUUUUGGUAAAAAGUAUAGUAAUUUUGAAAAAGAAAUAGCACGAUUGAAAAAAGAAGUUAUCAAAAGUACUAAAGUUAUUUACUAUGAUUAUUUAAUUAAAAGUCAUAGUGAAUUAGUAUCUUACGCUAGGAAUCGUGAUAUAGUUGAUGGAUUUGCGCCACAUCAAGUGAUAAAAAAGUUUCCUUUGUAUUCUAAGAUAAUUAUUAAACGUUUCAAUAAAUCUUUGGAACAUUGUAAAUUGUUGGAUCAUGCAGAAAAAUUGUUAUCAAAUUUGUUUUGUAAAUUACUACCAGUUACUGUUUUACGUCAGGCAUUAGAGUAUUUAAGCAUUGACGAUUUAAAAAUUCUUAAAAGUUAAUGAUACUGAAGUUAGCCAACGUCUGACAAUUUUUUGAUUUUUUUUUCAAAAUGAUAAAUUAAAAAAGAAAUACUUAAAAAAAUUGUACUUGCAGUUUUAUUAAUUUUUUAUAUGUGUAUAUUUUUGGUUUUUUUUUCUUGUAAUAAAUUUUUUGAAAGAAGAAUUGUUAAUUGUCUGCUAAUUUAUGACAUGAGUAUGAAUGUAACAGACAUCAGACA